CUGUAUUCCUUUUGCCCCACCCGACGAAAUUCACGUUUAUAAUGCUUUCCUCUUCUUAUCUACUUUCCAGAAACUAUCAGUAUAAGUCAAGGUCAUUUAUAGAAAGAAGUACUCAGAAACAGAAAAUAGAAGCAAUGGCAAACGAAGGCGAGGUAGUGAGCAAUAAGCAGGUGAUAUUAAAGAACCAUGUGACUGGGUAUCCUAAUGAAUCUGACUUUUACAUAAACACUACUUCUAUUAAGCUUAAAGUACCAGAAGGAAGUAAAGCUGUUUUGGUCAAGAAUCUCUACUUGUCUUGUGAUCCUUAUAUGCGUGGUCGCGUGGUUCGCAUGAGUAAUGGCCCGGCUGAUGAUACCGAAUUCGCUCCUUUCACUCCUGGCUCUCCAAUAAGUGGAUUUGCAGUGGCUAAAGUGGUGGAUUCAGGGCAUCCUGACUUCAAGAAAGGUGACUUGUUAUGGGGAGUUAUAAGUUGGGAAGAGUAUAGUCUUUUAACAAAACCUGAAAGCUACUUUAAAAUCCUCCAUACAGAUAUUCCCCUUUCCUACUACGCUGGACUACUUGGUAUGCCUGGCAUCACUGCUUACUUCGGUCUGCAAGAUAUUUGUUCUCCUAAAGAAGGAGAACGUGUCUACAUUUCAGCAGCGUCGGGUGCAGUUGGUCAGCUUGUUGGGCAGUUUGCAAAGUUGAUGGGUUGCUAUGUUGUGGGCAGCGCUGGAAGUCAACAAAAGGUUGACUUAUUGACGAACAAGUUUGGUUUCGAUGCUGCUUUCAAUUAUAAAGAGGAGCAAGACUGGGAUGCAGCAUUGAAAAGAUAUUUUCCUGAAGGCAUUGACAUUUACUUUGAGAAUGUUGGAGGAAAAAUGCUUGAUGCGGUUCUUCUAAACUUGAGGACCCAUGGCCGAGUCGCUGCCUGCGGAAUGAUUUCUCAAUACAAUCUGGAGCACCCAGAAGGAGUGCACAACCCAGAAGGACGUGCACAAUUUGAAUGACAAUUGUUUUAUAAA